UGAUGAUGGACCAAACUACAACACUGGGAUCUUUGUCCGUAACAGCGAUCAUCUGACGCUCAUCGCUUUCAACAUCGUAACGUGUGAGGAUGUGGGGGCGAUGUUACACUGAUCCAGUCUGUCAGGAGCCUAUGAACUUUCUUCUUGCUGCAGACAUCUGAAAUGACUGAAAUGAGGCUUAUCUGGUAAGUCAGGAGCUCCGGGUCUUGGUGGUCGUCAGGCUGGUUUUCCUGCCAGAGGAAACACAUCUCUUCACCGCAGCUUGGAGGCAGCACUUGCAGCAGGAGGUCUCUCUCCAGCUGAGGGGGUAGGCUCAGGGGACAGAGGCAUUCUGCCCCCAUGGCCACCGCCCGCUUCCCCGGGAAGAGUGCGGACGUGGCCGCUGCCAACUUGAGCUCUCCAGGCCUGGGUAGACCACCCUGUAUCAAUGGGACGCCGUGGAUCCUCUACCUGCUGGAGGAGUGUGUGGACAACGGGUGGGAGUACUGCAGUGUGGUGAUAGGACUCAUAUCCAUGUUCUGCUUCCUGCUGUCCACUUUACCUCAAGUCUAUGAGGCGUAUCGUAAUGGUAAAGUGGAGGAGGCCAUGUCGUUUGGCUUCCUGUUCUUCCUCUUCAGUGGAGACCUGACCAGCUUCGCAGGCUGCUACCUCACCAGCCAGCUGCCUAUUCAGGUUGUCACAGUGGUGUUCUACAUCUUCACAGACUUGAUCCUCAUCUCCCAGUUCCUCUACUAUAAAAUCAAGAAUAGCUCCAGCAGAAAGAGCCCUGUGUUAAAGUGGCUGUGCUUCUUGUGGUGUGGCUCUGCUACAUUAGUCCUCAUGGUUCUGCCCAAACUCAUCACAGACAGCGGCACAACCAUAGACACACAGAGGCCUGCGACCUCUAACACAGUGGAGAUUACAGGCUACGUGUGUGGAUACCUGGCCUCCAUCUUCUACCUCUCCUCCCGCUUCCCCCAGCUCUAUAAAAACUUCCAGCGCCAAUCUACUGAGGGCACCUCCUACCUUUUGUUUGCUUUGGCCAUGAUGGGAAACGGGACGUAUGGGCUGAGUGUCAUAGUGGUCCUCCCGGCCCUGACUGGCUCCAAACAGACCUUCAUCAUCAAACAUCUGGCUUGGCUCAUCGGCAGCCUCGGAGUCCUCAUACUUGACUUCUUUGUGACUGCUCAGUUCAUCAUGUACAGGAAGAACAACUCUGCUAAGAGCAGGCCGCUAGUCAAAGUCCCAGAGGUGGAGCCCCUGCUCUGCGAGGAAGAGGAACUGUCGGUGUUGUAGAACACAGACAGAGAUCACCGUGGACUUUUUGGUCAAGAGCAGGUGGACUGUUGUGCACACGUGUUAAUAUGUACCAUUUUAGAAGCUGAAUGAUCGUUGUGACUCUGGGGAAAGAGCCUUACAGACCAGAGGCAUGGCAGGACCAUUCUAUACCCACACAGCAGCCAUGAUGGGAAUCUACCACACAAUUACAGCACAGAUUUCUGAUCUGACUUUCCACUGCCAACACGACAGACAUCGUGGUCAGCUUUUUUUGGUGUGGUUUUAUUGACUUCCAAAACUUGUUGCACAUAUAGGGGGACAAAAACAAUUAUCAGAAAUAAGGAUGACAGCUUCAGUCAGUUGCAGAGAUGUACACACAUCAGUGGGGUGUUCUCAGAUCAUGUCAUGUGAUGAGUAAUUUAACCAAGUAUAGCCUUGAAGGGUAAAGCUUGCCGCCCAAGUAUGACUCAGCAAGAAACGUUACUCAGCUUUAGAGAAAGAAACGUCCGAAUGAUUGACAGCAUACACAGCAUCAUUCACUGCAUCUGUUGCUUGGCAACACAAAAGAAACAUCACUGCUGUGUUCACACAGCUGUUGAUUUACUUAGCAUUAUUUAACCUGGCUAUUUAGGAAGAUUGGAAACUAAGUCUAAAGGCAUUAACACAGCUGGAACACUACCUCACAAAAGUCUGACAAUGGCUAUUUCUUCUCACACUAAUUACAUUCCACUAAAGAAAGUGAAAGAUAACCCCAACUGGAGUCAUAAAAUAGUUUAUAUGGACUCUUAUAGACUUAAAUUUUUCAUGUGCUCAUGUAGCUUGAUCAGUUGGCCUUUAUGACGGUCUGUCAACAGGGCAGCAGGGUUGCUGUCUUCAAGUUCAAGUUUAUAUAGAGCCCAAUAUCACAGUUGUCUCAAACGGCUUUCCAUGCCCCAUGUUUUCAGCAAACAGGACGACACCCCCUGACUUAAUCCUGAUAGUGGGCAAGACCACUCAUGCCCAAAAAACCCAGCUGGACUGGGAAAAAAAGUGGAGGAAAUCUUGAGAAGGAGCACAGAGAGAUGAGACCCCAUUCCUGGACAGACAGGUGUGCAGUAGGCAUCGACACAGGGAGCAAAUUACAAACACUACAGCCAUAAAGCAAAUGCAAGAAAACACAAUAGUGUCUAGAAUACCUCUGCGUUUUUAUGGUAUUUUAUUUUAUUAUUGUUUUUUUUUUCUUUGCUUUGCUUUUCCUAAAACUGGAAAUGGAGUCAAAUUAAGUCUCAUCUUACAAACAUCCUCGUCUGUUUCCCUGCCAACAGGCCCGUCAGAGUCCGUGAACCCCCUUUUUUUUUUUGGUACGAGGGCUGUCACUGCUGAUUAAGUGGUCUGUAGGGAUUUCUUAAUUUCAUUGCGCAUAUAAUUACUGGUUUACUUUAUGUGUCAUGUGGGAACAUAUACACCCAGAGGAGGGAGCUUUGAGCCAGAUGUCAUUUGAUAAAUAGAAGCUGUCGGGGAAGACUGUUUAGUUCACACAUUGUUGAUAAGAUAAAUAAGGAACUGCACUAGCGGUUGUUGCUGGAUGUGAACUCUGGCAUGCCAUGUUAUAGUACGCACAGUAAGGGAUCUUAAGUCCUUAUUGCCUGCCACAGUGUUUGAGUGCCAUAAUGCUUUGAUUGCCAGCGUUAAUGCUAUUAAUGUGAGGUGCAGAUCCUGCUAACAAACCGAUAGUUUUGUCUGCUUGUGCUCUGAGUGCAGGGUGGACUCCGGCUAACAGGAAAUGGGAGUGGACAUAACAUGACAUCAUACAGACUAAUUGUAGUAAUAAUAUCUGGCCUAAAAAACUGUCGAAUGGAGCGAAUAAGUCAUGAGUAGCCCACUGUAUGAAUCUGUACGGUGUUUCCCUUCCCCUUAAGUGGAUGGGGUGUGGAGGAGCUGUGUAUUUCAGUCACAGGUGUGUUAUAUUCAGCUUUCUCAGUCCAAACUCUGCCCUGUCCUGGAGAAGCCCCUCAGUGCCUUAAUGUGUCUUGAUGUCAUUUUCCUCUGAGUUGAAAAGGCAAAUGAAACACAACCUUUUUUUUUCUCUCGACCCCAUUCCUUAAAUAUUGUCUGCCUCUAUAAACGUGAGUGAGCUAGAGACAUUAGCAGCCGUCCUGUUGGGUUUUUAUUUGAACAUCUUCCUUUUUAUCUCUUCUUCACAUUUAAAUGCACUCAUCAGAGCAGAUGUAAUGUGCUGACAUGUGUAGGUGGAUCUGAGAUUAUGAAGGAAGUCGGAAAGUUAUUGAAGCCUUGUUAAAAUAAUGAGGUACAAAUUUAGCUGGCAUGCUCACGAAGUGCGCCGCUACUCUGUCGUCUUGUUUAGAGGCAGAGCAGAUGAUCAAGUCAAGUGUAUUUAUAAAGCACUUUUCCAUUGACUGGUUCAUCACACUGCUUCACAGAAUAACAAAGAUAUUAAUACAGAUAAUAGAGCAAGAGAGAACAAAAACAGAAAAGAAAAAAGGCUAGUCUUACUGAUGAAAAGCUCAAGUUACCAGAUAUGUCAUUGAACAUUGUGGAUCAAGAGCAAGAGUAACAACUGGACAACAUUGUGCCAGCUUUCAUGGUUUUGUGUUUGUGGUGAUGUGAUUGUUUAAAAGAUCAGCUACAUAGGUAAACUACUAUAACUUGCAGGCAUCUGCAGAUUUCUCUACCUCAUUUAAGUGUGUGUGCAUGAUUUAUUUCAUCGGUGUGUGUGUGUGUGUGUGUGUGUGUGUGAAAGACAGGCUGAUGGUGAUGCAGUGUGCUUUUUGUGCGUAGAGAGGAUAUGAGUCAUGCACAUCACCCAUUUAAAAUGUGAAAAGGAAAUAUAAUGUCUCUUCUAACACCUGAAUAGGAAAGCCUGUUUAGACAGUAAGAACUGGAGUUUUUGUCAGCGAUAGAAAUCGGAGCUAUGUUGCAAUAAAAAUAUUUUUUCCCCACCUUUCUGAGACCUCCGUAUAAGGCAAUACAAUAUGGUGGCUUUGAUUUGUUCAUUGAAAAGGAAAGGGGAUUUGUGUGCAAGUGUAACUUCUGAUUAUCAGAAAAUACAAUUUUUGUAAAUUAUUUUUGUAUUACUUUGAAAUUUGGGGGCCCUUUUCGUGGUGUCAUUCUGCUGUUUUGCAAGUAUGUGAUGCCUCAGUCAUUUUUACUCUUAGCAUUUUUUAGGAAUCAUUGGAUGAUUCAUUUAGCCUUCGUAUUUAUUGAGUUCUUUAGAACGGUUGCUAUUUAUAAGACUGAUAUUUUUACUUGAAAGGAGAAACUGUAUUGCUUUUAAAAGAUGUAUUUGUUUGCCUUACAUUACUUUGUGCAUAACUAUUUUUUUUUUUUAUCUGAUGCAUUUUCUGUACAAGGCAGAUGAUGCUCUAAUAAUCUGUUGUUUAUGUCAGGCUCUGUCUCGUGCCUGUUUCUUCCAAUGUUAAAUGUAUUUAUAAUGUGAUUUUAUGUAUGUGCUAAACUUCAAUAACUCUUCAAUAAAGUGCAUUAUAUACUGUG